CUGUAUGGAACAAUUACAGAGUUCUGCACCGAAACCAGCUGUUCAGUAAUGUCUGCUGGACCCAGGUAAGAUCUAACUGUGAACUAUCUGAACAGGAUUUGAAGUGUGUGUGUUCCUUGUUUUAAGUCUUGUUUUGCAUUUGAAGUAUGUUCUUAGAGCACUGUAGCAAGAUAUCUGGUUUAGCAGGAGGGUUAAAGGGUGUUGGGCAGUGGCAAAGGUGUCAACAAGAUGAGCUGAAAUUUGUUUCUAUAACUGUUAACUGGAAAAACAAAAGUAGUAGACCUGACAAAUGUAAUUCAUGGGUGAGACAGAGCAAAAAAAAAAAAAAAAAGCUUAAUGAAGUUAAGUAGAUCCUGUCACUGCAGUCACACUGCUCCACUGUACCAUUUAGGAGUCAGACCACUUUAUUUCUGCAGCACAUUCACUGAUUCUCAUAGCCUCCCUUCUCACUUCCUGAAAACACUUGUUUAUUUGGUGCCUAUUUUACUUUAUAUUUACUUUAGAAAUGUUUCUCCUGCUUUGUUACUACAAGCAUUAUAACCACUACAACCUGUUGUACAUCGGUUUGCCCUCUUACCUGUUCCUGCCGGGCACCGGGUCUCCUCUGUUACUGAUUGUGAUGUGCAUCUAUCCUCAGAGCCAGAUGCCUACCCUUCUGGCCAUUCACUGUCUGAAAGCGAAAGCUGACCGCUCUAAGCUCAUGUUUGAAAUUCCUUCUUUGACAAUCUUUAUUUGUUAUUUUAUGAAUGUAAUAAGAUGCAUUAAAGAAAGACACAGAGAAAGAGACAGAGGAAGGCAAUUUGUAAUGAGUUGAUGACUGUCUCUCGUAUAGAAAUGGUUACAAUUCUGGGCAAAAAAGUAGUUCUUGUUCCAGGCUGACAAUCCCCAAUAAUGCUGCUGAAGGAGGUAUUACACCUCUGGUGGUAGAGGGGUUAGACUCUAUGCAAACUCAAAUUUCUGAAGUGGUCAUUGUGCUUGGAGUAACCCUUUAAUGGUCGCUUAGUUAACCCUUUAAAGGGAUUCUAUAGAGUAAGAAAUACAAAAGCUGUAUUGCUUACAGUAUACUUCCUUCUGGUUCCCCACCUUCGCAGCUCUACCCCCAUUACUGCACUGUAAGGGGUUAAGAAAACUCCUGUAUUGCACCGAAGUCUGUCAGAGUGUGUGUGUGUGCGCGUGGAGCCUGCUCAGAGUGUGUGUAAAAGCGCUGCCGCUGCGAGCCUGUUUCACAGUGUGUGUGUGCGCUGCGGAGCCUGUCAGGAGCAAAAGUGUGUGUGCGCCGCUGCGGGAGCUCAAGGCUCGUGAGUGGUGUGUGUGCGCUGCGGGAGCCUGUCAGCUGGGGAGUGUGUGUGUGCGCGGAGCCUGCUAAGCCAGAGUGUGUGUGUGCGUGGAGCCUGCUGGGAGUGUGUAAAAGCGCUGCGGAGCUCGCCGUGGGAAAAGUGAGCCCUUUUGCCGGCGUGUGUGUGUGGCGCGUGGAGCCUGCUGGGAGCGUGUGCUUGAGCCUGUCAGAGUGUGUGUGUGCGCGUGAGCCUGUCAGAGUGUGUGUGUGCGCGUGAGCCUGUCAGAGAGUGUGUGUGCGCGUGAGCCUGUCAGAGAGUGUGUGUGCGCGUGAGCCUGUCAGAGUGUGUGUGUGCGCGUGAGCCUGUCAGAGAGUGUGUGUGCGCGUGAGCCUGUCAGAGAGUGUGUGUGCGCGUGAGCCGGUCAGAGAGUGUGGGCGCGCGCGAGCCGGUCAGAGUGUGUUUGUGGGCGCGCGCGAGCCGGUCAGAGUGUGUUUGUGGGCGCGCGCGAGCCGGUCAGAGUGUGUUUGUGGGCGCCCGCGAGCCGGUCAGAGUGUGUUUGUGGGCGCGCGCGAGCCGGUCAGAGUGUGUUUGUGGGCGCGCGCGAGCCGGUCAGAGUGUGUUUGUGGGCGCGCGCUAGCCGGUCAGAGUGUGUUUGUGGGCGCGCGCGAGCCGGUCAGAGUGUGUUUGUGCGCGCGCGCGAGUGCCUGCCAAGAGUGUGUUUGAGCGUUUAGGUACCUACCCCCUCCGUUCGCAUGAGGAAGGUGGUUUUACUCCCCUUUCUUCCCAUUUUCCCACACUAUGCCAGUUUCGCCAUGGCUGAGAUGAUCAAUCUUUAUGAUCUCAAAGAAGGCAAUGCUUUCCCUUAGGAAAACAUUGGGAGGUUUUUGUGCAUGCUCAGCAAAUGUACCAAUCUGCGUCUUCUCAUAGAGAUGCAUUACAUUAAUCAAUCUCUAUGAGGAACAUUCAGAGCCUCCAUGCAGAGCUUGGAGACACUGAACCUGGGUGCUGCACAUGGUUUCAGCAGUGACACAGGACUCUCUAGUGUUACUGAGCAGCAAUGUAAACUGCCUUUUCGCACCUUUAGGGACAGGCUAUAGACACCAGAACAACUACAUCAAGCUGUAGUGGUUCUGGUGACUAUAGUGUCCCUUUAAGAAUUGGACUUUCUCGUUGAAAAUUACUGGCUCCUAACUUUUUUAGCUGGCUCCUAUAUUCCAAACAAAUUUGGAAGUGGCUGUAGAUCAUUGCAGAUUCUCUAUAACUGCAAAGAUUUACAGUGCAGGACCAAGUUGGACAGUGUACCGAUGGUGUCACUCUAAUUGUCUGCUAGUGCACUGCCUAUAGUAUCCUAUGUAUGUAAAAUUUUAAGAAAUCAAAGCUUGACAAAAAUCUGACAGAGAAGCACAUUUAGGUUCAACACGUUUAUGUAAAAAUAGCCAGUUAUAUAUUAAAAGCUGUGUUUUGUUUUUCUAGCUUUCUAAUCUGCUUACUGUGUUAAUGCUUUUUGUGAAUGUGGAGCCUUCAACAACCCCCCCUCUGUCUCUGUGCUUCCAGCUUGUCUUGUUAAAAAUAUAUAUUAGUCCACCAAUUGUACGAUACUGCGUAAUUUGUUGGAGCUUUUUAAAUAAUAAUUUGAAGCUUUUGAUUUAAUGCUGCUAAGCAUGAGCAAGGAAGUUAGUGCUGGGCAAAAAGAAAGUGGAUCAGCUUCACAGCAGAACUUGCUGUAGUAUUAAGAUUUUAAGAGUUAGGAAAUUUUAUUUUAAACGGAAUCCAUUUUCAGUUAUCUUAUUUUUAAAGACCGUUUCUGAUCUUCUGCAGUUCAUGUCACUAUCAUUUGAUGAUUUUUUAUUUUUUAUUUUUUUUUGUGGGGGAGGGAAAAAGUUCAAAUCUGUUAGCCCUGCCAACACUGAAUUUGUAGGGUUUUUCUGUAAAAAUCUUUGUGGAAAUAAGAUGCAUUAACAUGGGCACAUCGUUGUGACCUUUUAUUUGCUACAGGCUUCCUUAUUCUGUUGAGCUUUUUUAGUCAUACUUGCCCUUUCCUUUGCUUUAGUGUGAAUGCUAAUGUUAUCUGCUAAACUUGCACACUACAGUUUUUAUGGGGUAUGAUGUUCAUCUGUAUUGUGUAGUUUAGGGCUUGGCAUAUUUGCUUGCAAUAUAGUGAAACAGCUUAAAAAAAAAAAAAAAAAAAUAAUAAAUAAAUAAAUAAAUAUAUAUAUAUAUAUAUACAUAUAUAUAUAUAUAUAUAUAUAUAUAUAUAUAUAUAUAUAUAUAUAUAAUAUUUUUUUUUUUUUUAAACAAAGCUUUAUUUUCAAAAAAUAAAAUAAAAGUUCUUAAUGUAGUGUUUCUGGUGUCUAUAGCCAGUCCCGACAGGCUUUUCAAUGUAGGCGGUGUUUUCAUUGGGUCUGGUCUCUAAACACACACACUGAUACUGACACACUUGCACACAUUCUGUCACACUCACAAAUUUUAUUAUUUUUUUUAAAUCUAUCCAACCUCCUUUGAGUGCAUCCUUUCCCUGUGGUCCAAUGUUGCUGCUGGACACUACACUGCCUUAAAACCCCUCCACUUUUUAGUAGAUUAGUAGAUAUGCCCCCAACGAAAAACAUGCAUGCAUUUAGUUGUGCAUUUUUUCAUAGCUGAUAUGCACUGAACAGCUGGAACAUUAAAGGAUCACUAUAGGGUCAGGAACACAAACCUGUAUUCCUGACCCUAUAGUGUUAAAACUACCAUCUAGCCCCACUGGGCCCCUCAUGCCUCCAUAAAUAUAGCAAAAUCUUACUGUAUUCAAGCCUGAAGCUGUAACUCUGCAUGCUGUUUGCCUUAAAAAAAAAAAUGCGGUGUGCUGACCACAGAAGACAGCCGCUUGAGGUUUUGGGGGAAGGCUUAACCCAUUGAUAAACAUAGUUUCUCUGAAACUGCUAUGUUUAUAAAACAAUGGGUUAACCCUAGAAGGACCUGGCACCCAGACCACUUCAUUAAGCUGAAGUGGUCUGGGUGCCUAGAGUGGUCCUUUAAGUUCUGUACUGCAUCUUUGGCAAUCAGACAAUAGAAGUUAACAGCUGCUAUAUACACUCUAAUAAAUUCAGAGGAGAGGCACAUGCCUUUUAAAACCUAAGGGCUACAAGUGUCAAGCUGACUUGAUUUCGUAUAUUCUUUUAUGCUAGAUCUUAACAAUUAUUGAAAGCAGAUGUGGUUUCUCAGCCAUGGCAGCACUCUGUAUAGAAUUUAGUUCAGUUUCUCCCUCUGGACAGUAAAUUAAACUGAAAGAUUUUUUAAAAUACCUUUUUUUUUUAAAUUCCUGUUUACACUACUGUGGGCAGUUAAUUACCAAAAAUCUUCUUAGGAGUUCCACAUCAUUUCCAUGGAGGCUGCAGGACAUAUAGACUCAAUAAGGGAAACCUUUUGCAGGCCACCCUGCUCCAGAUUAAUCUCAGACUACAGGGUGCGCCGCAUGAAUCACUGACUUAAAUUUUUUUUUUCCUGGCUAAUCAUGGCAGCAUUUAACAUAUGGGUUUAGCUCCUCCCUCCAACCCUCAGGACAGGAAACACAAUCAAUUAAACAAUUAAGCCUACCUUCCCCUAGUAUAUUAGGUACCCCAGUAUCCCCCAUACCUCAGUCUUUUCCUGUCCUCCUAACCCUAGGACAGUUUAAAUAUUUUUUUUUUUCUUUUUUCAGUUUCUUCUGAAUUAUUUUUUAUUUUUUGCUCACCUGACCAUGUUUUAUAUGGUCUUGUCCCUUUGGAGGUCAGCCUCCCUCCUCAGGAAGCCCAGGCACAUGUAGCCCAAUCUCCAUGGAGUUGGGAACCCCUGGGAGCCUGGGUGGUUAGUUCCACAGGCUAUGGGAAUCCUCUGCAGUCCAGUGGGUGCUGCAGACCUCGAUCAGACGAUCAGCAUAACGGUAAGACGCCCGCGCAUGCGCAAUGCAUCCGACCGGACCCAGAGUGAAGUUUGCCCCUUUCAAAAAUGGCGGUUUAGCGAUCUCAUGACCGAAGUGCGCAUGCGCGAUCAUUUAAAGGUACAGAGCGGGAAAUUUGAAAUGGCGGUAUUUAGCUUAAAAAACGCUCGUUUCCGUUCCCUUUAAAGAUACAGUGCUCUAGUAGACUGUUCUUAAAGCUCUGCAGGUAAGAGAAUUACUUAUAUUUUAAAAUCAGCAUAAUAUUGGGCUGGGAAUACUUUUCUUAUUAUUUUAACAUUCUUAGCCCUAUAGUCAGUAUGGAUCCUUCAUCCCCUUCUGCAAGAUCAACGAGAUCUGCUAUAGGUCAUAGGUGAGCAAUAUUUUUUCUUGGUUUCUUCACGUUACUAAAAAGAGUGCACAGAGGGUACAGUCUUAUGACUUCUGUAUCUUACAGCCCUCGUGACCGGUCCUGUCCCAGAUCCCCAUCGAGGAGAAGGGAGAAGCCGGCAGCCUGCCCUGGAUGUGGAGCAAGGCCUUUGGAUAACUGCAGGCUCUGCAGAAAAUGCUUAAACAUGGCCGCAGGAGAAUCUGAUCGCCAGAGGUCACCGCAAGCCUCUACCUCCUCAGCCAAGGAUAUUGCUUAUUGGAUUAAGCAGGCAGUGGUUGAAGGAAUUGCUGAAUCCCACAAGAUUAAGAGAUCAAGAGGGGAAAACUUCAGCAUGGAUUCAGAUCAGUCUGACGAUGAAUACAGACAAACUUCAUCUUACCUGGAUUUGGAGCCAAUCUCGUCCAGUGAAGAGGAGUAUAUGGAACAACCUUGCUCCUUGGACUCCAAAGCUAUGGAGCAUUUGAUUAUGGCUGUUAGAAGAACAUUGGAUUUGCCGGAAGAAACCAGAGAAUGUUCAGCUUCUGACAGACACUUUGGAGAUUUACAUAAGAAAAGACCUUCCUUUCCAGUCCACAGCUCUAUUAAAGACCUGAUGAGGAACGAGUGGCAAAUUCCUAGUAAGAGGAUUACUAGUCAGGGUCGGCUUUCGAAGUUAUAUCCGAUUAAAGAGGAGGAUUCCAGAUUGUGGACUACGGUCCCCAAAGUUGAUGCUCCUAUCAUUAAGGUUGCUAAAAGAUCCACGCUACCAAUUGAUAGCAAUGCUUCCCUUAAGGAGCCCAUGGAUAAAAGGAUUGAUGCUGAUUUAUCUAAAGCUUUCAUGACAGCGGGUUUAGGUUGCCAUCCAGCUGUGUCCAUUUCGGCUUUGUCUAGAGCCAUGCGUUCCUGGUUGCUUGACUUGGAGGAUGACAUAGAUAAAGGAGUCAGUAGACGUCAGAUGGCGGAAUCCUUAAGGGAUAUCAAACUCGCCAGUGACUGGCUUUUGGUAUCCUCCACUGACCUCAUUAGAAUUCUUUCUAAGGUUAUGGCACAUUCAGUCACCGCUAGAAGGGCGCUUUGGCUGAGAUCCUGGGGAGCAGACCUGUCAUCCAAGAAUAAUUUAUGCUCACUUCCCUUUAUGGGAGAAGUGCUUUUUGGGAAACCUCUGGAUGAAGCGAUUAAAAAGGCGGCCGAGGUUAAACAGGUCAUGCUGCCACAAGAUAGGCGUCCAAAGAGACCUCGUCUGGACCGUAGACCUUUUAGGGAUCAAGGCUACUUUAGGGAAAGUAAGACUUACAGGCCAGGUAGAGAAUUCUCAAGGAAUUCCAAUUGGAAGAGCGGCCUGAAUGGGAAAUCCUCUAGGGGCAAGACGCAGACCUCUUCCUUUCGCCCCAACAAGCAAUUCUGAAGGUGGCUUACUCCAGGUUCCUCGAGUGGGAGCACGUCUUUCAUUCUUUCAGAGGGCCUGGGAAAUAAUUCCAGAUGCUUGGGUAAGAUCCAUUAUCACCGGAGGUUAUCAUCUGGAAUUCGACGAAUAUCCACCUCCACCAAGGUUUAUUCGCACAAGGCUUCCAGCCAACAUCCAAAAAAGAGAGGUUUUGACUCUUUAUGUCAACAAUCUUCUUACGGAAGAAGCCAUCAUACCUGUACCCAUAAAAGAAAGAUUCCAGGGAUAUUAUUCCCCCCUGUUCUUGGUCAAGAAGCCAGAGGGAAAAUGGAGGCCUAUUUUAGAUCUCCACCAGCUCAACCUUUAUCUGAGAGUCAGAAAAUUUCGGAUGGAAUCCAUUCGCUCCAUCAUUCCGGUUGUUCAUCACCAAGAUUGGAUGAUAUCAGUAGACCUCAGGGAUGCAUAUUUUCAUGUCCCUAUCACGUUCACCCAUCAAAGGUUUCUCAGGUUUUGUGUCCAGAAGGAACACUUUCAAUUCCAGGCCCUUCCUUUUGGUAUAAGUACGGCCCCGAGGACCUUCUUGAAGGUUCUGGUCACCAUCAUUGCUUUGCUCAGAAAAGAAGGGGUAGCGGUGUUUCACUACCUGGACGACAUCCUGGUAGUGGCUCCGGACCUAGCAUCAAUAUUCCAACACAGGCAAUUAGUCCUAGACACUCUAUCUCAUUUCGGUUGGCUCAUCAAUUACGAGAAGAGUCACUUGAAUCCUUCAAGAGAACUGAUAUUCCUGGGAGCAAAUUUCAAUACAGACACAGCGAUUGUAUCCCUCUCACACGACAGAAAGAUCAGACUUCGAGAUCGGAUAAGGGACUUCAGACUAAAGACUUCAGCCUCGGCAAGAGAGUUUAUGAGGCUUCUGGGGACUCUUUCCUCUACGAUAGAACUUGUCAGAUGGGCUCAGUGGAACCUUCGCCCUCUUCAACAAUUUUUCCUAAAAAAUUUCAGGACCGACUCGAGGGAGUGGGAGACGCUGAUUCGCAUUCCUUUGAUUCUGAAGCAGAAGCUCCUUUGGUGGAAGUCAUGGGAAAAUCUCUCCAGGGGGUUCCCCUUGCGGGAAAUAGAUUGGGUGGUCAUUACGACAGAUGCCAGUCUGACAGGUUGGGGGGCACAUUUAGGCAAUCAAUUUUUUCAAGCAAAUUGGCCUCCAAGAACUCAAUGCUUGCCUUCCAACAUCAGGGAGCUAAGAGCAACCUUUCUGGCGCUUCUUCAUUUUCAGCAUCUCAUCAGGCAUUGCUGGGUCAAGUUGAGAGUGGACAACAAAGCGGCGGCUGCCUACAUAAACCAUCAAGGCGGAACAAGGAGUGUAGCCCUGAUGAGAGAGAGAGUUCCCAUUAUGACCUGGGCUCAGAAUCAUGUGGAAGGCCUGUGUGCCAUCUAUCUCCCAGGGAAGGAGAAUGUAAUAGCGGAUUUCCUCAGCAGACAUCGGAUAGAGGCUUCAGAAUGGCAACUUUCCAGGAGAAUCUUCGCUCGGUUGGUCCAGAAGUGGGGUCUUCCCCAAGUAGACCUCUUGGCGACCUUUCGGAAUGCUCAGGUUCCAUGCUUUGUGUCGAGGAGAUACCAUCCAAAGGCGGUUGCUCAAGAUGCUCUAUCCAUCAAUUGGGUAUUCGAUCUGGCUUACCUUUUUCCUCCAAUUCCCCUCAUCCACGCUGUUCUGAGAAAGAUCUCCAAGGAACAUUGCAAGGUGAUAGCUGUACUUCCAUUCUGGCCUCGUCGCCCUUGGUUUCCCCUGUUACAGAGGUUAUCAGUGGACCUGCCUUGGGAACUUCCAGUCUCAGAAGACCUGCUGAUUCAGGGUCCAGUGUUUCAUCCGGAGCCUCACAAAUUCAGGCUCCAUGCAUGGCUAUUGAGAGGAAGUCUCUAGUUGAACAUGGCCUUUCGGACCAGGUUAUCUCUACCCUGUUACGUUCCAGGAAUCCUUCUACUUCUUCUACGUACCAUAAGGUAUGGGAAACCUUUGCUCGAUGGUGUAAUUCCACGGUUCAAGAAUUAGGUUCCCCUUCCGUGUCUCAGGUUUUGGGUUUCCUGCAAGCAGGCCUGGAGAGGGGCCUUCAACUUAACACGCUUAAAGUGCACUGCUCUGCUCUUUCAGCUCUUUCCGGUAUUCGUUGGGCAUUGAAUCCUAUUGUAAUUCGCUUCUUCAAAGCAGUGAUUAGGAUCAGACCUCCUAUCAAGGUUUUCUCUGCUCCUUGGAAUUUGCCUCUGGUUCUGCAGGCCUUGACGGAACAUCCCUUCGAACCUAUUGAUGAGGUCUCUAUGCAGGUUCUUUCUCUCAAGACCCUGUUGUUACUGGCCUUGGUAUCUGCUAGGAGAAUGUCAGAUAUUAGAGCACUGUCGUCUGAAGAACCAUUCACUACCUUCUUCGAUGAUAGGGUUGUGCUACGGCCUAGACCUGAGUUCCUUCCUAAGGUGGUUACAUCCUUUCAUUUGAAUCAAGAGAUUGUCCUGCCAGGGUAUUUUCAGGAGCCAUCGUCUCCUGAGGAAGAAAGAUGUCAUACGCUAGACCUAAGGAGGUGUCUUUCCACAUAUAUUUCACGCUCAGCUGAUUGGAGGAAGUCUACCCAAUUGUUUGUGAUACCUUGGGGUUCUCGUAAAGGUGAAGCUGCCUCUGUCGCAACCCUUCGUUCUUGGACGGUUCAGGCUAUUUCUAAAGCUUACAGAGCUAAACAGGUUCCUGUUCCCAAGGACAUCAAGGCACAUUCCACAAGGUCCAUUGCUACUUCAUGGGCUGCAGAGUCAGGAGUUCCUGCAGAGAGCAUCUGUAAAGCUGCCAAUUGGUCAUCUUUAAAAACCUUUGUACACCACUACAGAGUGGAUAUCUCAUCUCGUUCUGAUUCAGAGUUUGGCCUAUCGGUCCUGAACUCUUAUAAGCCUUAAGUGGAUAUUAAACAGUUUUUGUAGCAUGACUUACCCUCCCUGAGUGGUUAUUGCUUUGGUAAUCCCAUAUGUUAAAUGCUGCCAUGAUUAGCCAGGAAUAGAGAAAAUUUAUUGAUACUUACCGUAAUUUUCUUUUCCUGGCUAUUAUUCAUGGCAGCAUUUGGUCUCCCACCCUCUCUUGGUUUAUUUGUCUUGUUACUAGACUGAGGUAUGGGGGAUACUGGGGUACCUAAUAUACUAGGGGAAGGUAGGCUUAAUUGUUUAAUUGAUUGUGUUUCCUGUCCUGAGGGUUGGAGGGAGGAGCUAAACCCAUAUGUUAAAUGCUGCCAUGAAUAAUAGCCAGGAAAAGAAAAUUACGGUAAGUAUCAAUACAUUUUCUCUAAUAUAGAGCCUAGGGAGUCUGAGGAGCAGCAGUUUUGCCAGAUUUAGAUGCUAGGGGCAACAGAAGACGACUAACUUGUCAGGUGUUUUACUGUCUGUAAUGCACAUGCAUGAGUAUUGAUGUGCUGGUUAAGCUCUGCCAUCACAUUGAUGACAUUUUAGCACUAGGUUUUAAAAAUCUAUUGUUUUGGGGUUAUGCUAAAUGGUUUAAACAGGGUUUCAGUCUUUUUACUUGUUCGGUGGUCUGCCCUGCAUCUUGUUUUCCUUUUUGAUCAGAAUCCAACGGUAUUUCUCAUGCUGUGUUGGGGAUUUUUUGGGUCUGCAGUUUUACAUAACAGCAGUUUUAUGCCUUUAAACUGAGGAAUUGGAUAAAGAGCCAACUGAUGCGUUUAAUAAAAAGAAAAUGGAGGCCUUUGAGUCUGAGGAAAAUGCUGAGCCUAUGGGAUGAGACCAUCAAAUACCUUCUUUUGAGGAAUGGCAGAAAGAAGAGAAAAGGGUGGCGGUACAAAGAAGAAUUUCUUAUCUUAUCCCUUUAAACCUUCAGAUGCUUCUUCCAGGAUUACUGCUCAUAAGAUAGAUGCAGUGGUGGUAAAACUGUGCAAACAUACCUUGUUGAAAGUAGAUAAUGUGAGGAUCCUUAAAGAUUUAAUGGAGUGAAGGACUGACCAUAACCUUUCAAAGAUCUAUGUGGCUUCAGGAGACACUCUGUAAUAACUGGCUAUGUUUUUCUUUAGUUAAAUAAGUCUUUUAUUUAUGUAUGUGUGUGUGUAUAUAUUUCUUCUUUUGGGUCAGGCUCGCCACAAUAAUAUAUGUCUAUAUUAUUGAAAAGUACUAAUACGCAAUCUGACGUUCUUUAUAAAAAAAAUAAGUAUUUAUUCUACAUUCAACAGCAAACAAUAAUAUACUUAACAGAUAAUAUACUUAACUCAGGAUAUCAGAGAGUAGAGCAAAACGGAUCGUAGAAGGCAGAGAGCGUAGUCCUUUGUCCUUGGCUCUAUAUAGCUCAAAUUACGUCAUAACGUUUAGUUUAGACUCUGCCAUAUAAGGAAAUUCCCUAUAUAAAGACCACCUCAAAUCUCUUAUACAGCAAAUUCCAGAGACCUCGUGGUACAGAAUAGCAAACACCAUCUGUUCUGUUUAACCAAUUAGACAGCCACACCUUAAUAUGUAUUUUAAUAGGAACAUAUAGAAUAUGCAAUAUUCUACAGACCCAAUCCCUCAACAGUCUUCGCAUCCCUAUCCAGUACAUUGCUACAAUGGAUCAGGAUGUGAAAACAGAUAUUACAAAAUGAUUGAGCAGAUCUCAUCUUCUGAAAUCCAUAUCUUAAAUGACUGGUGGGAGAAUUCUGUGUGAAAACAACUGUUGAUAUGAUCAUGACAGUGGCUAGAUGCAGAGCAUUAUGGCUUAAAGUUUUCUUUUGGGUGCAGACCCUUCUUUGAAGCAACAGUAUAGUAACGGAGUUGACAUCAUAUGCCCCCUUAAAGAGCCACUAUAGGCACCCAGACCACUUCAGCUCAAUGAAGUGGUCUGGGUGCCAGGUCCCUCUAGGGGUGACCCUGGCUGCUGUAAACAUAGCCGUUUCAGAGAAACGGCUAUGUUUACAUAUGGGUUAAUCCAGCAUCUAGUGGCUGUCUCAUUGACAGCCGCUAGAGGUGCUUCUCACUGUGGAUUUUCACAGUGAGAAGACGCUUGCGUCCAUAGGAAAGCAUUGAGAAUGCUUUCCUAUGGACUGACUGCGCGCAGCUCUUGCCGUACAUGCGCAUUCGGCGGAAGAGGGAGGAGAGUCCUCGGCGCUGCAGAAAGGUAAGUGUUUAACCCCUUCCUCAUUCUAGAGUCCGGCGGGAGGGGGGCCAUGAGGGUGGGGGGACCUAUUAAUACUAUAGUGCCAGGAAAACAAGUUUGUUUUCCUGGCACUAUAGUGGUCCUUUAACCCUGCAAUGUAAAACAUUUCAGUUUUUGAGAAACUGCAAUGCUUACAUUGCAGGGUUAACUCCUCUUUUAAUGGCUGUCAGCCUGAUAGUACUAGUGGCAGAAACACUGUAAUGUUCGGAAUCCAGAUUUGUAUUCCUAAUGUUAGUGUUCCUUUAAAGAACACUUUCUGUGCCCCUUCCUUCCAAGGGGAUAAACGGUUUGUCAAGCACAUGAAUGAGUACAUAAAGGUGGCAGACUGCAAGACAGGGAUACAAAUCCAUCAUGAAUUCAUUGCAGAUCCCGUCAGAAUUCUCUCCAGUAUAGCCAUGUUAAGGACCCAUACAGAUCCAAGAAGAGUGGCCAGACUAAAAAAAAAAUCUGAUCAUAGGCAUACCUAGUAUCCAGAAGUGGGAGCCAAGCUGCUUCAGGGUUUCUAUGGCCUGAAUUUAUUCAGCUGCAGAUUUUUAGGUUCCGUAUGUGAUCACAGGAGGGUAUUUUCUAGAACUCAAAGACCCUCAUCUAGUAAACUUCUUUGACUCAAGAUUUUCAGAGAAUAUAAUAAGGAUCAGGUUCUGUAGGAGUUCAUGUGAUCCCUGCUUCAACAACAUUGUAUUCUUCUGGUUUCAAGUAAAGAAAACAAUCAAGGAUUUGAUUGCACUAAAUACAUUCAUGCAAGGCAAUUCAAUAUGGAGUCUUUGUCCUUCAUCAUCGGUUGAUUAGUGGUCUUGAAAGAUGUCUAUUUCCAUAACCGAAUUGUUAAACCCCAUCAGAUAUAACUCAGAUUUUGCAUUUGAGAGAAGACUUUUUCACAUUCAGGCCUUGCGUUUUUGGGAAAGUAGUGUCUCUCAUUGCAGGGACCAGGCCACGCUGGUUACAAUCACCAUUAACAUUGGCAAUUUCUACAAGAUCAUGGGUGGGUCUUAAAUCGGAAUAAAAGCAAGCGUCCUUCCAUGCAAGUCAUGAUUUAGCAGAGUGCCUUAAUCAAAAUCAGAGCAGGAAUGCUAAGAUCACAGAGAAUUGUGCAAAAUUAAAGUAAGACUCCACAAAUUUUUACAUUGAAAGAGGUUUCCAACCUGACGAUUUAUGAAUCUGUUGGUUAACUUUUCUUCAAACAUAGUCAUUACGAAGAAGGCACAGUGGAACUUUAAAGCCCCACAACAAGCAGAACCUGUAUCAACCAGCCCUCCUAUAAUCCGAUUAAAUACAGCACUGAAAGGGUUGUUGAAGGAUGUAGACCUAUCCCUUUUCUCUAGAAGAAAGACUGAUAGGCAACUGUCAUCAGGACAGACCAAACAGGCUGGGGAGCCCAUCUGGGGUCUCAAUAUGUACAUGAAACAUAUCUAAAAUAAACUUCUCAAAUCAAAAGUAAACUGCCAGUUGAUAAAAAGUAAAUAAAAAUACAAGCAGACCAUAUCUUAGUGAUAGUUUACAUCUAUCAUCAGGGGGACAUACCAUCAAAGAAUGAUGUAGACCUUGAGGUUACCCUCCGUGUGUAGCUUUUCACCAGCACUGGUGCUGUCUUAGGCUGGGGUGUUAUUAAUAAUUAAUUUCCAUUUCAUUUCUUGUAUAGAGGGAGUAAUGGGAGAAACGUAACACUAUUGUGAGUGCUGCAUGCCCCAUCUCUGGGAAGGAAAAAUAUAUCUAAAUAUCGAUUACAUUUCUGUUUUCUUUAUAUUUGCACAAAAUAUUUAUUUUGGGGGGGGGGGAAGGGGUGUUUAACAUUGGUGCCAGUAUACAUGUUUUAAUGGACUUUUGGUCAACUUAAUGUGUUUUGUAUUUGUUUCCAGGUAUGAAUACCACUGGGCAGAUGGUACCAACAUAAAGAAACCUAUCAAGUGUUCAGCUCCAAAGUAUAUUGAUUAUCUGAUGACUUGGGUUCAGGACCAGCUCGAUGAUGAGACCCUCUUUCCUUCAAAGAUUGGUAAGAUAAAAGCUUGUGCGUAUUAAUGAUAUUAAAUGGACACUUUCUGCACUCGUGGAAGCCUGUAAUCCGAAUAUUCGGGGCUGACUAGGUAAUAAGAUCUUUAAAUGAAAUUGCCAGCAAAAGUAUAGAUUAAGGGAACACACCAAGCACUUCAGCUUUCUAAAAUUAUUUGAAAGUUAUGAGCAAUGUCCCCUUUGUCUUGUUUCAUAAAAGUGCUGUUAUAGUCUGUGUAAUAUUAGGUUCAGUCCUUCUCUAUGCACGAGUGACACUGGAUGAUCCCUUUUUCCCUGUGAGAAGCAUUACAUUUGCCAGGAGAACAUAAUUUGUGACGAUCUCCUGGAGGUGGAGAGGAGCUUUGAUGAAAUUAUAGACUUGCUGCUGUAUUAGAGCAUUCAAACAUAGAAAAGGAACAAUGCGAUAUUUGAAAUAAAUGUAUUUCUAACAUUAGUGUGCCCCCUUGAAGCAUAAAAUGCAUAUUGCAGGUACCAAAUAAAUGCAUUACAUAGAUUUAAAAAUGUUACUGUUAACAGUGCGGUGUUAUGGUCAGAUAUUGUCCAUUCUUCAAAUAAAUAAAGCCUUUGCUAUGCUUUCAGUAGGUUUUCAUUUUUGAGAGGGAAUUGACUGUAUAUAAAAGAAAGUGAAUUCCAACAUACUUUAUAUACUAUUUCAUAAAGACAGAAUUUGCUCAGUGCAAAGCAUUGACAUUGAAAUUGAACAUCUAUAUCUGCUUUUACCUGGAUGUUACAAAUUGGCAGGUAGGGAGUUAUUUAUUUAUUUUGGAUCAAGAAGAGAAAUAUAUAUUUGGAUACGGUUUUCUGAUACUAGUAGUACUUCUAGUUAUCCCUAUACUGCAGUCUACUUUGCUUGUUGCUUAUCUGUAAUCAGUUCUUUGUAGCUGCAACAUGCUUGGUAUGAAUAUUUCUUGCUAGACAUAUCCUCCCAAUUGAAGCUUGUACUCUGAUACCACAUGACUGCUGCUGUUUUGGGUUUCCACUGUAUUUUCUGUAACUAUUUUUCUAUUCAAAGAGAAGAUCACAAAAAGGGGCCCAGUUUUACAUUUUAUGGUUCGUUUAGCUCAUUGUUCUGUACUGUUUCUAUGAUUUAUCUUAAAACAUUGUUCGGAUAAAGACUUCAAUUGGGAUUUUUCAUUGUGGCCUGAAAUAUAUGCACAUGAUUGUGUGUCACAGCUUGCACCUGUUUGAAUUAACUAAAUAAUUCUUCCUUGUACUUGGUAUUUUUUUCAGUCCUCUUAGUUCCCCUUUUAUGUGGCAGAUUUGUGUGUUUUUCCUCCACUGUAAAUGACCUUUAACCAUUUCAAGUGUCACACGUAAAGCACAGGGCUCUCAGCAGAGAUAGCAUCAUGCUCAAGUAGCCACCUGUUGUCAUGAUGUACAUGAUUGAAAUAAUCUGUUUACAGAAAAAUUACUUCCCUAUAAUAUGAUGUGUUGACUGUUCUUGCCUAGUAGUUUCAGCAAGACAAAAAGGAUCAGUCAAAACAUGCCCUUAUAUGUUUGAUAUUUGUCUAUAGCUUUGUUUGGAAAAUGACAAUUCCCAGCAUGCAGUGUUGUUGGCACUUCUGGCAUUUUCUGUUAAUACAAAUUAUUCCUAUUUGAUAUUCAGUACAGAGUUGUCUGUAGUCAUCUGUUUCUUUUCCGGCUGCUAUCCCAGAGCUGUGAGAAGAGCAAGGGAGACUAUGGUUCAAAUGUCUCCAUGGACCUUGAUGAGGUACAUAAAAAUAAUUUCCCACUUAGUUCUCAUCUUUGCACCAUACUGUUACAAUGGACUUUACCAAAGAAUAGCCAUCUCUACUUUAAUGGCGUCACAGCCUAGCAUGAGAUGAGUUAAGAGAGAAAACUAACCUGAGAUGCUCUAUUCUUUUAAUCUUCUUCCACUAGAGAGGGAUGAGCCUUCUCACUAAAAGAAAUGGUAAUCAAUGAGAAGUAGGUUAACAGAAUAUUAAAAAAAUAAAAUAAAAUAAAAAUGUUUUUUGUAGGUUCUGGAACAUCCUAAUUAAACUUGAUUAAAAUGUUUGGAUGGGAAGGUCCAAACAUACAUUUCCAUCUGUGUAAUGCCCAUUGUUUUCCAGUCUGCAAGGCUCUGAUUCCACUCCUGUCUUCGUUUCUUAUAUCUAUACUUUAAAAGAUUAAAAAGAGAAGUAAUGGGACUCACAAAUGGCAAAUUGGCCAUAUUUUUUUUGUGUGAAAAUGUGAUCUCCCAUUUGAAAUAGUUGUACCAGAAAUUGUAAUUGUAUUUUCUUUUUAAAAUGCAUUAUCUAGUUGUUUGGCUAGCUUAUUAAAUACAUUUUAUGUUGAAUGUGUAUGUAUGUUUUGUAGUAUUUACAGGGUUGCAAAGGCAAGUUAACAUGCUUUACUCAGAUUCACAUGUAUUGAUGGUGACUUAGCUGCUUGCGAUGCCUUGGGUGUGCUUAUGAAUUCCUGGGCAUUUACAAAGAAAUGAAGUACAAGUGCAUGUGAAGUGAAUUUAAGUUACACUCCAUAUCUGGACAGUCAGGCAAUGUCAUUUUAAUUUGAGCAAGUAGCUAUAUGUAAAAAAAAAAGGGAAAUGGAAGCUGCAUGCCUCUAGAAGGAAGACUGGCCCUAUCAUAUGUAUGUAUUUACAAGUGUCACCUAAAACUUCUAAUAAAAAGUAAAUAGCAAAAAAUGCCAUUGUGUACGUAAAAAAAAUAGUAUUUUUAUUAAAGCUCCAUAGAAAUACAAUUGACAGAGCUAACCUCUCUGUACACAUGUCGUUCCCUUCACUGGAACACAUGCUUCAGGAAAGCUUUCAACUUGCAAAGCUGAAUUUAUGCUGGUCAACUGCAAGGAGGCAAGUGGAAAUUUGGAGAGAUAUUGAGGGAUGUAAUGCAAUCAUGCUUUUUUUUUUUUUUUUUUUGGAUGAUAAAAUUCCGUGCUUAUUUUCCAGGUGUCCCAUUCCCUAAGAAUUUCAUGUCUGUGGCAAAGACUAUCCUGAAGCGCCUGUUCAGGGUCUAUGCUCACAUUUAUCACCAGCACUUUGAUUCUGUGAUGCAGCUACAGGAGGAAGCUCAUCUCAACACAUCAUUUAAACAUUUCAUUUUCUUUGUACAGGUAAGAAUACAAUCUGGGUUACAAUGAAUACUUUUCUAACAUGUAUAUGGCAACUGUUUAUUCACACCACUUAGCAAGGCAAUGUUGAUAACUGAGGGAAAAUAUACAUACAUCUCUAUUUUUGUUGCACUUAACUGAGCUACCUUAAACCUGUCUUGAUAUCACUAUUGUAGUUAGUUAUACCAGCUGACAAAGAAAAGAAGGAAGAAAAAAAAUUAAAAAAAACACACAAUGGAAGCAUGCCAAAGUCCUGCACUCGCAAUAAGGAAUAUAAACAAAACAACAAAAAAAGUAUUAUUUAUGUAGCGCUGUAUAAUGGGUGGACUAACAGACACGUAUUUGUAACCAGACAAAUUUGACGCACAGGAACAGAGGGGUUGAGGGCCCUGCUCAAUGAGCUUACAUGCUGAGGGAGUGGGGUACUGUGACACAAAAGGUAAGGGUAGGGUAGAAAAGUAGGUUGCUAGGAUAGUAUUCAUUUAUUUUUAUGACAGUUUCAGGAGAGAAAUCAGGGUGCAGGGAGAAAAGGCUGUUCAGUUUUACUGGCACAUACAAGGAAUCAACGGGGGGACGACAUAAAAUAUACUCAGAUUUGAGACACUUUGGUUCUUAGUGGCUGUCUUUAACAAGGGCCAAACAGGGCAGCUGCCCCGGGCCCAAUAACUCCUGGGGGGCCCAAAGCAGCUCCCCUAUGGGCCCCCUGCCCGCAACCAGGACUGAACAACCCACCGGGAUACUGAGAAAUUUCCCAGUGCGCUGCAGCAGGUGAGGUAAUCAGGGCCCCCUGGCCUUUUAAGAGUGCUCCAAACCGGGCCUCUGUCUGCAUGCCUGCUGGGAGGAAGUGUGAUGAGGUCCCUUCCUUGCAAGUAACAGAGUGCCGCUGGGGAGGAGGAGACACACAUGGAGAGGAGGAGGCACUGAGGUAGCCAAGUUCAUCAGACUCCCAUCAAUCUCAGACAUCCAGCCCCCACUGGACCCCAGGGAAGCCAAAGGUAAGGAGACAGGAGGGUGGCUAAACUUAAAUUGAUAUAAAUGUGUUUAUCUGACUGUGUGUGUAUCUGUUUUAAAUAUUAUUUUUUUAUUGUUUUCACCGUAUCAACGCGUUUCAAGUGUAGUACAGUUGAUGCGGUUAGUCGCCUCCGUUGAGGCGUGUGUUUUAAAAUUGUAGUUGACAUGAGACAAACCUAUUAUGGUUUCAUCUGACUAACAUGCAGUUGCCUGCGAAGAGGCAUAUGACUGUGUGUGUUUUGCACCGGGGUCCCAUUGAUUGUGUGAAUGCCACUGAGAGCAUGCCUGCUUUUUUUAAUUCCCCACAUGCACUUGCCCACAGGGCUCAUUUUACUAUGAUUCUAUAGCUGAUCCCUGUGUCCUCUCUGGAAAGCCUUGUGCAUGCGCAUGGUGCGUUCCCAAGCCAGAGGUAGCUGGUGAAGUUUUAAGAUGGUGGGGCGCCACACUCCUCCCAAUAUAGUACAUAGAUACUCAUAUAAUCAGGGCUGUCUUUAAAGCGGGGCAAAUGGGGCAGCUGCUCUGGGCCCAGUUACUCCUGGGGGGCCCAAAGCAGCUACCCAAUGUCCCCGCAGUCCGCAAAAAAACUUAUUUACCCCAUGAUCGGGCGCUGUAGCCCCUUAAAAGCGGGAACGGGCCCCCCUUGUUUUACAGCACCAGGCUGGGAGGAAGUGACUGCCGUGAGUCACUUCCUCCCAGAUAGAGUGAAGGCGCGCAGGAGGAAGCAGUCAGAGCCUCACACUCCCAUCUACCUCAGCCUGCCGCUGGACCCCAGGGAAACCACCCUCCUGAACCCGUGUGUGUGUGUGUGUGUGUGUAUAUAUAUAUAUGUAUGUAUGUAUGUAUGUAUGUAUGUAUGUAUGUGUGUAUGUGUGUAUGUAUGUGUGUAUGUAUGUAUGUAUGUAUAUGUAUAUAUAUAUAUGUGUGUGUGUAGCUGUAUCUGCUGCAUGUGUCAGGUUGUGUAUCUGCUGCAUGUGUCAGUAUUUAUAUCUAUGUAUCUGCAUGUGUUUCAAUGUGUGUGUGUGUGUGGUAGUGUAUGUGUACAUGUGCAUACAUCUCAUCAUUCAAAUCGCCAACACUACACACAAGUACACCCCUGCAUUCAAACAUCAACACUACAUACACAGUCCGGCAUACAAACGUCAACAAUACAUACAAGCACACCUUUGUGUUAAACACCACAAAUAUAUAUAAACACAUCCCAGCAUUAAAAACAAACUACACAUAGAUGCAUGCUUACAUACAAACACCCCCUUACAUUUACACAAACAUACUCCAUACAAAGACAUGCUUCCAUUCAAACACAGUGCUAAAUACAACUCUGCAAGCAUGGGAAAAUUGUUCCGCUACUGCAUUGGGAAGUGGAGAGGGUGAUUGCAUGUCAGGCAGUGGGGGUAAAAGGGCCCUAUCAAAUGCUUGCCCGGGGCCCAAUCUAUUAAAGAUUGCCCUGUUCCUAGUCAAAGGAAAGUUUAUGAUAAGCCAUAUGAUUACUGUUUCUGUUGUACAUACUGUAUCUGAACUGUCAUUAGGGAUGUUGUUAGUCUAAUGUACUUUUGAAGGUUUUACACUAUUAAUGUGGGAGGGUACAAUUUGUGUUUUAAGAUGACACGGUACUUUUGGAAAUUGACUAAAGUUGAAAACCACCUAUUAUCGUCAUCACAUUUUUCUUUUCUAUGCUCUGGUUUCUUUUUAUGAGCACCGUGGUUUGAGUACCAGGGGAAGGAAAAAUAUUUUUAAACUGACGUUCUAUCAUCCAAGAAAAGACGCACUAAUGGUUUUAAGAUACUUUUAUUAAAGGGACACUGUUGUUCACAAAACAUUAGCCUAAUGAAUCCAUUUUAGUGUCAUGCCCCUGAAGUCUCACUACGCAAUUUUCUGCAAUUUAGGAGUUAAAUCACUUUAGUUUAAUGCAGCCCUAGUCACACCUCUUCUGGCUGUGAAUCGCACAGCCUGCAUGAAAAUAAUGGUUUAAUUUUCAAUCCGAUAUUAGCUUACUUUAGACAUUUUUAUCUCAUGUUCUGUAAAUUAAACUUUAUUCACGUACAAGAGGCUCCUGCAAGGUUUAGCAGGCUAUUAACAGAGCAGGGGAUACAAAAUUCUUAAUUAAACUAAGUGCAAUAAAGUUUUAAACAUUUGAUCUCUUUACAGGAAUUGUUUUGGAAGACUGUGUAAGUCACAUGCAUAGAGGUGUGACUAGGGAUAUUUAAAAAUUGAUUUAACUCCUAAAUUACAGAGAAUUGAGUAGUGAGACUGCAGGGGCAGGGUCUAUACACUUAAACUGCUUCAUUAAUCUAAAGUUAUGUGCAAAAGAAAUAGUCAAUGUUUUAGUUCUGGUGAGAGACUUUUUCAAGACAAAGAAGUGAUGCUACCGUAAAGUAACAUCGCAUACCAAAAGACAUCGUCCCCCUCCAGAGAGUGUAAAACCCUGAAAGUUAAAAAGUCCUAUGAAGAAAAUCUAUAAUAACAGGUGAGAUUUGGUUGACAUAUGGGAAGAGUUUUUACUCCGAAACAAUGAACCCAUCUUGAUAUUUCAACUAUUAACUGUCCAGAACACCAAAAUAAUGAAAUCGCAUGGAUUGUAUCACGCUGCUGUGCCUCCUGUGUACCAAGCAACCAUGUGAACACAAAUCCCUGCUCAUUUCUGCCUGCCCCUGCAAGACCCCAUGACUGUUCUAUAUCUAUCUCAAGUCUGUAUAGUGUAGGGCAUUCUUUUCAUUGAUGUCCCUGGGGGCCACGAUAUCUACAGUAUAGAUCAAGUUGGCCUCUUGUUUUAAUAGUUCUUUAUCUCCCCCCCUCCCAUACUCUUCAGUUCAAUCCCAGUGAAUCACAACAUGAGCAGAGUAUGUCCUGCCUGUAUAAAGUCUCUGGCCGUGUGGGCUGCAGCUAGGUCUUUAGAUACCAGACUGGAAGGCCAAUGUCUGAGUAGACAUUUCCCCCACAUGCACAAGACUAAUCAGGCACUGCAGUUUAUAACUAGUGUGUGGUGCAUGAAAUAUGAUGUAUUAUUUUAAAUUAUUUGCAAAUGUGCUGUGGGAAGUCUUUCCACAGGAUUAUGUGACUGCAGGUCACCCCAGGCAUCCCAUAGAUCCUGCAUUCUUAUCAAAUAGAUUCUUGUUGUAUUGGUCUUUGUGAACUAGAAUGUCUCUAUGGUUGACAUUUCUUUUGUGGCUCAGUAAUGGUGGGUGUUCCGUUGUUUGAGGAAGGUUGGCAUAAUUUUUAAUGAUCACCCAAUUGACCUUUCUAGUUCUGGUCAACUUUUUUUGAGGCUGUAUUUUAGGUUUGUGGGUAUACCACCCGUUGGGGCUUCACAUUGGCAUGUGUGCACCCUUGGUGAAGUUGGUUCUUGUGUCAAAGCUGUGCUCAUAUCCUCUGGCUAGAACCCAUUGUCACAUGGUUUCCCAUUGUGUAUCACCCUUGGGUUGGAAUUAUGUAAGAUACUUAGACAUUGGGAUAUUGAUAAUGAUUCAGUCCAGUUUGGACGGUGAAAGCUGGUGGAAGUUUCUGUACGUUUGUUUCGUAAACUAAUUGAAAUCAAGCUUGUCAUGAAUCCCCAACAUUCUCAAAUCCAAGAAGUCAAUUAUCUGUCCUAUUUCAUACUCAAUCUAAUAGGUGAACCAAGAGUAUUCAGUUUUUCCACCAGGACAUACAGUUGACUUCUUGGCCUGACAAGAUGAAGACCAUUUCCUCUAUGAAUCUCCUAUCUCAUUUAAUGAGACAUACAUAUAAAGAUAAUUUAUUUACUUGUUCACUUUGGUACAUGAAUAUAAUGGCAUACAUGGAGCCGUAGAAGAACUAGUCAAUUGUAGAUAAAAUGUAUCCUCAAAUUAAAAGUAAUUUAAUUUCAAUGUAAGUUGUAACAACAUUUCUAAACUAAACUCUAUUGGAUAGCUUACCUCUUGUGACGUUGCAAGUAGGAUCUGCGAAUGUCUGUAAAGCUGCACGUUACUGUCUGGGGAUAUUGGAAUGUCUCAUAGAUGGAUUUGUGAGAAUUUUUCUCUCCCAUGGUAUCAGCUGGGCAAAUGUUUUUAAAGAUGAAUUAUUAGCUGGGGAGUCAAAAGUUGCUAUGUAAGCAUGUCAGACAUAAAAAAUAUACUCCUGUCAAGAUUGCUACGCAUUUUGAUCCUGUAUUGUUUUGUGCGGCUGUGAAGGUGUUAGAGGUAUUAUCAGUUGGGGGGGGUGGGGGUGUUGGUCUUUUAGUAUGUGAUGCUAGGUACACAUCUGGUUUUCAGGCCUCCUAAACAUUUAGUAAAUAUCGGGAUUUAAAAUUCAGUGGCAAUUCCCCUUUUAAGUGUUUUAUUUAAAAUAAAUAAUAUUAUAUAAAUACAUGUUUUAUAAGAGGGGGUUCAAUCUUUGGGAUUAUAACCGAAUAUCUAAAUAAGUUACAUUUACUUGUAUAAAUAAUUUGAGAUGUCAUAUAGCAAGUUUGGAAUGGGACAAUAUACUGGUAUGUGUGACUACAUAUACUGUACAUGGUUUUUCCCCUCACGUUUCUUUCUUUGGUGUUUUAUAGGAGUUUAAUCUGAUUGACCGCAGAGAGCUGGCACCUCUUCAAGAACUGAUUGAAAAACUGGGGUCCAAAGACAGAUAGAUUUGCCAGUCUGGGAAAUUCCUUUCAUCUGGUCACAGUAUGGUUUCCUCUCUCACCUUCCAGCUCUCAUCUCUGUUAUAUAACCAUUAGUGACUUGAAGGGAAAUUCGGAUACCACUGAAUGGGGGAUUCUUCGCAUAGGGGUCUUUCCUGUUUUUUUUUUUUAUCUAGACUAAGUGACAGAUUGCCUUGCAUUAUUUUUGUAUGAACUGUUUUAUAGGAAUGCUUUAAAGGAACACCCCACUAAAGCUGCCAUGAUUUGUCUGCUUCUCACCCUCCACAGAGGAGUGGAAAAAUAUUUUGAUUUCAGCCAUUUUAACUUUUGCUCCUCAGGUGGAAAUACGAUUGAACAUUGUGUACCACUGCUUUAGCUUUUCCUAUGCACCCUUCAUUGUUUCACGUGUUGUUGUCAAAUGUUCCAAGGAAUUUGAUAAGUUUGGCUUAAAGCAUGUAAAGAUCUAGAAAGUUAAGUAAAAAUGGAAAUUUCAAACAUUUGAACUAUAUGGAGUAUGGUUUUAAAGUUGAAAUCCUCCUACUGGCAAUAUGGGCCAUUCUCUUUCACAGUGAUUGUUAGAAAUGCUGCUUGCUGGUGUUGAAUAAAUAUAUGCAGGGGGACUUUAACUCCUGGCUGGACAAUAUCCUUAACAUUGCUUAAGUUCCCUGCUCCAAUUAUAUUCUGGUGAUCAUGUUUUUAUAUGACCAGUUAGUAUGUGUUUUUCUACAAUGACAUGUAACUGACUUCUUGUUUAUUCAUGGAGAUUUUAAGCAAGGAAUACUGUGGUUUUUUUUUGUUUUUUUUUUAAACAAACAAUAUAUUUUUUUAAGUACAUUCCCAAAGGCAAGGGAAAUCUAUGAAUAUACAUGAAGAUUAAAGGAUAUGUUAUAUUAUAAAAUAAAAAUGUACAAAAUCAAAUGCAUGGUUAUUUUUUGUGGGUGGGUAACUGACUGAAUAUAAACAUGCUGGAGCUAUGAAUAGUGUUGCCUUUCUAUAAAAACGUUAUCCCUCCUGAGACGCAACCUUCAAUGUAAAGUCUAUAUUUGGAGCAUUUGCUUAAUAAAGUUUUAAUUUUCCUCCAAAUAUGGAUUUGGAAUAGACAGUAUGAACACAAAUUGUAGUGUUAAGCCUAAUUUCCAGAUUAUACUUUUUUUUUUUUUAAACAAAAUUUUAACUCUUUUCUUAGCAUUCACGUUUAAAUGCUGAAUAGAAGUCAUCAUGAGGUUAGCAAUUUAUUAAGGGUUUUGGGUUUUUUUUGACCCACCUUUUUGUUGGGUGGAAUGGAGAGAUGUUCUUAGAUGUACUUCUUACUAGCAUAAAAAUGACUAUUCAUUUCCUGUCUUGAAACAUUACAGCAGCUCUUUUGUAGUCAGCGGAUUGAAAAUAUACUAUCACUUUAAAGUGUCUGGUGGUAUGUACUGGAGAAACUGAAAUCACAAACAGUCAUGCCUGCACACUAGUGCCCAGGUAACCAUAACCUGGUAAUGCAUACCUCCAACCUGCAAACAUUUGGGACCACAAAACAUUUCACUGUGAAAAGAUUGUAUUGUGUUCCAUAAAACGUAAAAUUAGCUUGCGCUUGUAUUCUAAGAAUACAACAUACCUUUUUGUAUGUAAUUGGUGGCUAGCCCAAUCCAUAGAAAUGAUCAUGCCUAGCUCCUCUUUACUGAAAUCUCUUUAAACGAGCACCAGUCACUGCAGUAUUGAGAGAUGCUUACAUUUAAAUCUAAGAAGUGUGUUUAUGAUCUUAGCACCAUUACAACUAGUGCUUCUACUAAAUAAGGUUUAGUAGAUCCCCCCCCACCCCCACCACUUGUUGGUACAUGUUAGGAACUGUACUGUAGCAGCUGUAAGAUACAAUAGACUUCUCUGUACAUUAUAGUUUGAGCAGGACAGCCUGAUUGCAUCUUGAUACUGCAAAUUAUGUGAAUCAAUGUUAAAACCAGUAGGAAGCAGUCUUAAGAUUUCAGGGCUAUGAAAUUCUAUUUUAAAAGUGAUUUAACACAUAUAUUGCGCUUGUGCCAGAUGGAAGAUUACACACUUUCAAUUAACAGUGUAUAUUCACAUUGUUAAAAAGAGAACUGUUUAUUUCUGUUUAGUUUUUUCCUUUGUUUUGAGUAUUGUAAUAAAGUUACAUAUUUUUGACUCUUA